CGUGUCACGUGACUCUUGUCGCAGUUUAGCUCGUGGAAGGUCGCUCACCGACAUAUCUCGACUCUGAUCGUGUAACUCCAGCGGGAAACAUGCCGAUGUUUGUCGUUAACACCAACGUGGCCAAAGUCGACGUGCCGGCAGCUCUGCUGACGGAAGCUACGGAGGAGCUGGCUAAAUAUACAGGUAAACCUGCGCAGUACAUCGCCGUGCACAUCAACCCAGGACAAAUGAUGACCUUUGGAGGGAAAGGAGACCCUUGUGCUCUGUGCUCCUUGCACAGCAUCGGGAAGAUCAGCCCUGUUGAGAAUAAGCGCUACUCCAAACUCCUGUGUGACUUGCUCAACAAACACCUGGGCGUAACUGCCGACAGGAUUUACAUCAAUUUUUUCGACAUGGGUGCGAGUAAUGUGGCGUGGAAUAACACUACCUUUGGUUGAGAUGGAGGUCCUUGGCCAAAACAACAUUCCAGCUGUGUUGAAGAGUCACAUUUGAGUAGUAUCAAGAAGCAAACUGAUAAUAAUCAAUCAAUCAAUGUUUAUUUAUAUAGCCCCAAAUCACAAAUGUCUCAAAGGACUGCACAAAUAACUCACCUUAUGCUUAUGCUUGAAACACUUCUCUCUUUGUUUAAUGCAGCUUUGCAUGGAUCCUUUUUCCUAAAACCACCAAUCUGUUUCACUCGAUUCAGAAUAAAAACAAAUUCUGUCUUACCUAAAAA